UCACAUCAUCAUCAUGUCUUCCUCUCGAACACAACCCUCUUCUCCUUCUUCUUCUUCAGUUUGGCAAAUCCAAUACAUGAAGCUCCACUUCUUCACCAAGAUUCGUUGCCUUUUGAAAUCCAAAGCAUCCUCUCGCAAACGCAACAACAACCCUCAAGCCUCACCUGAGAAAUCAAGAAACCGUCAAGAUUCCGACAAGGUGGCGGCUCUUCCGGAAGAAGUAGUAUUAAAGCAACCAGAAGAAGAUGAGAAUGAGGAGGUUGUGUUGCAGAGAACUGUUAAGAAGCUUCACUUUGGAAGCUGGGAAGAGAAGGAGAAAGCUGCCAUGGAGAUCGAGAUUCUUGCCCGAGGAGACAGGAAGACUAGGAAGCUGAUGGCUGAGCUUGGUGUUCUUCAGGUUCUUGUCUCUAUGGUGGCUUCUAAUGUCUCCGGCCAUCAAAGAGCUGCGGUCAAUGCUCUUAUUCAGCUUUCUCAUGGAACCUACACGAACAAGGCACUGAUGGUGAGUGCCGGCAUAUGCUCAAAGCUACCUAAUGAUGUCAAAGGUCUCGACCAAUCAACAAGACAUGGCUUCGUGGAGCUUCUGCUUUCACUUUCAUCUCUAACAAUCACACAAUUACCAGUAGCUUCAUCACGGAUUCUACCGUUCUUAAUGGACACAAUGAACUCAGAUUCAACAGAGCUAAAGACCAAAGAGAUAUGUCUAGCUACCAUAAACAAUCUUUGCCUCGUAUUGGAAAACGCAGGGCCAUUGGUCUUGAGCGGGGUAGUGCAGACACUCCUAAGCCUAAUGUCAGUUAAAGACUUGUCCGAGAAGGCACUAGCGAGUCUAGGGCAAUUGGUGGUGACUCAAAUGGGUAAAAAGGCAAUGGAGGAUUCUUUGGAUGUACCUAAAGUUUUGAUAGAGAUACUAACAUGGGAAGAUAAACCGAAAUGCCAAGAAUACGCGGCGUAUAUCUUGAUGGUAUUAGCACAUCAGAGUUGGAGCCAGCGCGAAAAAAUGGCCAAGUCAGGUAUUGUGCCUGUUCUUCUUGAAGUGAGCUUACUUGGGAGUCCUUUGGUUCAAAAGAGGGCAGUGAAACUUUUGCAAUGGUUCAAGGAUGAGAGAAAUGUACGGAUGGGUCCUCAUUCAGGUCCACAAACGGGUUGGGUGAGUCCAGGGAUGGGAUCUCCAAUGAGCCCUAGGUCAGGGGAAGAAGGUAAGAAGAUGAUGAAGAAUCUUGUGAAACAGAGUUUGUACAAGAACAUGGAGAUGAUUACUCGACGAGGCAAUGUUGAUAUGGAGAGUGAAGGUUGUAGGCUUAAGUCUUUAAUUAUCAGCACAAGCUCUAAAAGCUUGACUUAUUGACCUUUAUUUUGUGUUCUGAUAUUGCUAUAUAAAGUGAUUAGUGAGUGUCUUGCUCUGA